AGGGUCAAACACUGUCUUCUAACCAGACUAUUUAAUACCGAUACAAGACGAUACAGACAAGUUGACAGAUUAAGUUGUAAGUUCGUGUGUUAUGAACGGCUAACGAAAGUAGAUUCGACCAGAGAAUUAGAGGGAUCUUUACUAUGAAAAAAGAAGUAGUUUUCGUUGAAUAAUAAUCAAUAACGUGAUAUAUGUAUACGAAAAAUUCUAAUAUCAAAAGCGUACGUGGUGAAGAUAAGAGGAACUGAAUUUCAGUAAUCGUACACUUACAACAGUCAGCAUAUUAUCGUUAAAAGGAUCGAAACUGACACCGAAAUCGAAAGUAGUAGUCUCGGACCAUAUGUCCUGUAACCGGUCCAAAAUUUUAUUCCGGAAUGUAAUUUCGGUCCGAGUCCCUGACUUUUUAUUGAAAAAUUAUGCCGAGUAGUAAAACGAGAAUCGCUGUUGUCGGUGGUGGAGUGGCUGGUCUGGUGGUAGCUCGUCAUGUGGUGGCCAAAUUAAAUUCUUAUAAUCUCGUCCUUUUCGAGCAAACCGAUCACAUUGGUGGCACCUGGGUAUAUACUGAUGAAACAGAUCUUGACAAACAUGGACUUUUGAUUCACAGCAGCAUGUAUAAGAAUCUCAGGACAAAUAUACCGAAGGAAAUAAUGGCGUUACCUGACUUUCCCUUUCAAGAUCUGGGUGGCCCGUCUUUCGUCCACCACAGCUUAAUAAAAAAAUACCUCAUGAGUUAUGCGAAGCACUUCAAUCUUUAUCCCUACAUUAAAUUGAAUACCCUAGUGAAGCACGUAGAGCUAGAAACUAUUAACGGCCAGACAUUAUGGAUGGUGACAUACGAGUCAUUGGAGACCAAAACAGAAACCACAAAGAUUUUCGACGCCGUGGUGCUGUGCAACGGGCAUUACAGUGUCGGUCGUAUUCCGCAUAUUCCAGGUAUCGAAAGCUUUCGCGGUAGAUGUGUUCACAGCCAUCAGUACAGAGUGCCAGAGGUCUAUACCGGCAAGAAGGUUUGCAUACUCGGCGCGUCCUGGUCUGGCAUUGAUAUCGCCAUGGAAGUCUCGCAAUAUGCUGAUAAAGUAUAUCUGAGUCAUAAUCUGCCGGAACAACUCAACUCGAAAAUGUCGAGCAAUCUCGAGCAAAAACCCGGUGUCGAGUCCAUCCAGGGGAACAUUUUCACCUUCCGCGACAGUUCAACAGUGGAAGUGGACGAUUUCAUAUUCUGCACUGGUUACAAAUUCACGUAUCCCUUUAUAUCGGCUAAAGUCGAGAUACGUACGGAUGAUGACCAUGUGGAACCCAUCUACAAGCAGCUAGUGCAUAUGGACUAUACAAAUCUGUUUUUCAUGGGUGUGCCAGCAUUGGUGAUACCGUUUCCAAUGUUCCAUAUUCAAGCACAGUACAUCCUCGGGAUUCUCGAAGAUCGUAUUAAGUUACCGUCUGCGCAACAGAUGCGCGAAGAAUAUGAAAUCGAGAAAAAGUCUCUAUUGGACCAAGGCAUUCCGCUGAGACACAUAAACAAAUUAAAGGAUAGGCAAUGGGCUUACUACGAUCAACUUGCAACCGCUGCGAAUGUGACAGGCUUCCUACCAGUAGUCAAGAAAGUUAUGGAUCACGUUUUUCAAAUGCGCGAAGUAGACUUCACCACCUACAAAAAUUAUCAGUACCGUAUCAUUGAUAGCGAGAAUUUCAGUGUGUCUUACUGUAAACCUUGUUAAAUUCCACGCAAAGAAAAGUGAGAAAAGUAAAUAUUAUUUUAUUACAAAACGACUGUAUGUAUUUAAACGGAUACGAGAAAGAUACGUUUAAAUAUGUUUAUAUCUUUCAGUAUCAAUACUGUUUAUGCUACAAAUCUGUACAUACAUCGCAAUUUAAUACGAUAAAUAUUUUUUCGAUUAAGGACAGUUUAUUAUAACAUUAGAACGAAGGCGCUAUACCCAUUUAUUUUAAUCUUUCAUAAUCAUACCUCUUUAAAAGUUGAACCGUAAUAGUCACAUAGGGGUCAGAAUGACCUCGGAGCGCAUUUAACAUUAAUUUUUUUUGUCUUCAAAAAACGAAAACUAUGAAUAUGGUAAUAGGUUAAAUGCACUCUGGGGUCAUUUUGAUUCUGGUGUGAUCAUGAAGGUCAAUUAAUAAAAAUGUUUACCAUUAUGUUUCUACAAGAGACUGACUCGCAAAGGCUUGUUAUAAUAAUAAAAAAUAAUGAAAGAUACAGAAAAGAUAAAUAUUAGUACAUAAGGUUAUCGCAUCCAUGUUGGAAAAACCAAGUACAACCAAGUACUGCUCAUUCUUGAGAUUUUCGUAUUACUGCGCAGAAUCUGUGCCGCAGAUACCAAAUGCGGCCAUAUUCAAAUAAAUGUAUAUAGAUUAUACAUUACUAAAAAAAAACGAGCAUUGAAACAUUCAAAACUCGAUAUACUUCUCACGCGAUUUAUUUAGAGUCAAUUGACAAUGGGUUCAAGAAUCAAACCGGCAAAGCAUAGAGACGAUAUGUAAUUUAUGGUUAUGGAGACGAUACGUAAUUGUCGCAUAAUUUUGAGGAUUUUUUUAAAAAGAACAAAGCUAUAUUUCUUCGUUGCAUAAUCAUAACAAUUGUUUAAAAAUGUAAUCUAACACACGUAAUUCAAAAUAACAUAAAUACCACAACUGUAAUCUUUCAGCAAUUUAACGAAUGUUAUACGACUGAUACAUACGUAUAAAAUACAUACUAUACAUAUGUAAUUGAAUUUAUUCAACUUCCAGUCAUCAGGAGUAUAUUUAGGGAGACGCUAUUAGCGUUUUUAAUCAUUCUAUCCUUGUUUUACAUCUAAUAAACAAUAUAAAUGGAAUGACUCAAAUAGCUCUAAUGUCUCCCCGAACACAGCCCUGCAGAUUGCUCACAAUCGAUUCAAAAUUAAAUGUUACCAUAGCAUCAAUUUUUAUCACUAUUGUACCUAUUUUAACGCUGAAAAUAAGAAAAUGUAGUCCAUCAAAGUUAGCAACACUGUUGUAAACGUCUUUUUUACAUAUAAAAUAUAUAUAAAGGAUGUUUAUAUAUUACAUUACAUUAAUAUAUUAUUGAUAUAUUUCCAAUAUACAAAUGUUAUAUUCAAAGUUGCUGACGUAGAGUCGUACUAAUACAUUAUAUUUAUCAUUACAAAUAAUAUUAUGUAACAUUUCUGACACUCUUGUAACAUUACAUCUAAGUUACACGUUUGCGAUUUGCUAGGAGGAUUUAUGACUCCUGUGCAUUGAAACAAUUACGGUUGUCAAUGUAAUCAAAUUACAAUAAUAAAAAUUGCAUUUAGUCAAUUUGAUAUUUCUACAAUUCCUAAGAGCUUACAUCAUACAGAAUACAAUUGAAGGAUCCUAUUGAAAUUUACGAUUUU